CCGCCCGCGCCCGGCGGCCCCCGAGAGUGGGGCCGCGCCCGGCGGCCCAGACACCUGUUCGGCCCGGCCCGGCGUCGUCGCCGGGGGCCAGGAUGAAAGUGACCGUGUGCUUCGGCAGGACCGGCAUCGUGGUGCCCUGCAAAGAGGGCCAGCUGCGCGUCCGGGAGCUCACGCAGCAGGCGCUGCAGCGGUACCUGAAGACCCGGGAGAAGGAUCCUGGGUACUGGGUGAAGAUUCAUCACUUAGAAUACACAGAUGGAGGAAUCCUGGAUCCAGAUGAUGUCUUGGCAGAUGUCGUUGAAGACAAAGAUAAGCUGAUUGCUGUGUUUGACGAACAAGAACCACUCCACAAGAUUGAGAGCCCCAGUGGAAACCCGGCAGGCCGGCAGAGCCCAGAUGCUUUUGAGACGGAAGUGGCUGCCCAACUGGCUGCGUUUAAACCAGUUGGUGGGGAAAUUGAAGUAACCCCCUCUGCUCUGAAAUUAGGCACUCCGCUGCUGGUGAGGAGAAGCAGUGACCCAGCGCCAAGCCCACCUGCUGAUGCCCAGCCAAGCGCUUCACACCCCAGUGGCCAGAGUCUGAAACCUGUUAUUCCAAAUUCCACACAGGACUUAGAAGAUGGAGAAGUUAUGAAUGGUGUGCAGAUAGAACUCCUGACAUCGCCGAAAACUAUGGAUGCAUUGAGUAAUAUGACAAGAACAGUGGAGAUUUCUGGGGAAGGAGGCCCCUUGGGAAUACAUGUAGUACCUUUCUUUUCAUCUCUGAGUGGAAGGAUUCUAGGGCUCUUCAUCCGCGGCAUUGAAGAAAACAGCAGGUCCAAGCGGGAAGGACUGUUUCACGAAAAUGAAUGUAUUGUAAAAAUCAACAGCGUGGACCUCGUAGACAAAACCUUUGCUCAGGCUCAGGACGUCUUCCGUCAGGCAAUGAAAUCUCCAAGUGUGCUGCUCCGUGUACUUACACCUCAAAACCGGGAACAGUAUGAAAAAUCAGUCAUUGGACCUCUUAACAUUUUUGGUAGCAAUGAUGGCGUUUUGAGAACAAAGGUGCCACCUCCUGUCCAUGGAAAAUCAGGAAUAAAGACAGUAAAUCUCACAGGAACAAGCAGUCCUGAAGAAGAUGCAUCAAUUUCCCUGCAGCAAAGCAAGAGCCCCCAAGUACCAAGACUAGGUAGAAAGCCAUCCUCUCCCUCACUCUCCCCGCUCAUGGGGUUUGGCAGCAAGAAAAACGCAAAGAAAAUUAAGAUUGACCUAAAGAAAGGACCUGAAGGACUUGGCUUCACUGUGGUUACCAGAGAUUCUUCCAUACAUGGUCCUGGUCCCAUUUUUGUAAAAAACAUUUUACCAAAGGGGGCAGCAAUAAAAGAUGGCCGCCUACGAUCAGGGGACAGAAUUUUGGAGGUAAAUGGCAGAGAUGUCACUGGACGAACUCAGGAAGAGCUCGUGGCCAUGCUGAGGAGCACCAAGCAGGGAGAGACUGCAUCACUGGUCAUCGCCCGCCAAGAAGGAACUUUUCUGCCCCGAGAGCUGAAAGGAGAACGUGACUGCUAUGCACUCUCCCUGGAAACAACUGAGCAACUCACCUUCGAGAUCCCCCUGAAUGAUUCUGGUUCUGCUGGUCUUGGGGUGAGCUUGAAGGGGAACAAAUCUCGAGAAACUGGAACAGACUUGGGGAUUUUUAUCAAAUCCAUCAUCCACGGAGGCGCUGCUUUUAAGGAUGGUCGUCUGCAGGUGAAUGACCAGCUGAUUGCAGUUAACGGGGAAUCUCUUCUGGGAAAGUCCAACCAUGAAGCUAUGGAAACACUUAGGCGAUCAAUGUCCAUGGAAGGAAACAUACGAGGGAUGAUCCAGUUGGUGAUUCUGAGGAGGCCAGGGAGACCACUGGAGGAGCCUGCAGAGUGUGGGGCAUUUUCUAAGCCGUGCUUUGAGAACUGUCAAAAUGCUGUAACCACCUCCAGGAGAAAUGACAAUAGUACAUUGCAUCCAUUUGGCACCUACAGCCCACAAAACAAACAGAAAGAGCUGUUGCUUCCCAAUGACGGAUGGGCUGAGAGCGGAGGACCUUCUCCUCCUCCACCACAUCCAGUUCUGGAAUUGGGCCUUGAAGAUUACAGCCACAGCUCUGGGGUGGAUUCAGCAGUAUUUUGUCCGGAUCAGCGCCUCAACUUUAGAUCUGUGACACCAGACAGGCAGCCUGAAUCAAUGAAUCUGAAAGCCUCAAAGAGCAUGGACCUUGUGCCAGAUGAAAGCAAAGUCCAUUCAUUGGCUGGACACAAAUCGGACUCUCCAAGCAAAGAUUUCGGUCCAACUCUGGGUUUGAAAAAGUCCAGCUCCUUGGAGAGCCUGCAGACUGCAGUUGCCGAGGUCAGGAAGAACGAACUUCCCUUCCACCGGCCCCGGCCGCACGUGGUCCGUGGCCGAGGCUGCAACGAGAGCUUCCGAGCAGCCAUUGACAAAUCUUACGAUGGACCCGAAGAAUUAGAAGCUGAUGGUCUGUCUGAUAAGAGCUCUCACUCCGGCCAAGGAGCUCUGAAUUAUGAAUCUGCCCCUCAGGGGAACUCUGAGCUAGAGAAUGCAGAAAAUAAAGCCAGGAAAGUCAAAAAACCGAAAGAAAAGGAGAAGAAGAAGGAAAAGGGCAAAUUGAAAGUCAAGGAGAAAAAGCAGAAAGAGGGAAAUGAAGAUCCAGAAAGGAAAAUAAAGAGGAAGGGAUUUGGUGCCAUGCUGAGAUUUGGAAAGAAGAAAGAUGAUAAGGGCGGAAAGGCUGAGCAGAAAGGUCCUCUGAAGCAUGGUGGCCUGAGAGAAGAGGAGCUGGAAAAAAUGAAAGAAGAACGUGAGAGGAUUGGGGCAAAACAUCAGGAGCUAAGGGAAAAGCAAGCAAGAGGUCUUAUUGAUUAUGCUGCUGGUGCAAUUGGAUCACUGCAUGAUAUGGACGAUGAUGAAAUGGACCCCAACUAUGCCAGAGUAAACCACUUCCGGGAACCAUGUGCAUCAGCAAAUGUCUAUAGGUCUCCAUCUCCCCCUCGGGCUGGACCACUGGGAUACCCUCGGGAUGGCCGUCCACUGUCUCCAGAGAGAGACCACUUAGAGGGUCUCUAUGCCAAGGUCAUCAAGCCAUACCAUCCACCAGUGCCAGUUGACAGUGGCCGUCCCAUGAGCGGAAGCACUGACCGCAUCCAGAAGUUGCGGAAGGAGUAUUAUCAGGCUCGGAGGGAAGCUUUCGCUUUAUAUGAGGACAAUGAAGGAAGAGCAAGACCUGACUAUGACCUUCACUGGGUGUCUGGAAAGGGUCCAGAUGGGAAUGCACACAACCUCCGCUUUGAGGGGAUGGAGAGACAGUACGCCUCCUUACCCAGGGGAGGACCAGCGGAUCCUGUAGACUAUCUGACAGCAGCACCUCGAGGGCUCUACAAGGAAAGGGAGCUUCCGUAUUACCCAGGGGCUCAUCCUGUGCAUCCGCCCAAAGGGAGCUACCCCCGCCCCCCAGAUCUGAGGAUCACAGAUCUCCGGUAUCCCCAGUACUAUCCGCCCCCGCCAGCCCCCCAGCACAAAGGACCCUUCCGACAAGAUGUCCCACCUUCCCCUCCUCAGCACCACAGAGUACCAGCCUACCCAGAAAUGGGCAGACCAGUGCCCCGAGGGGGCAGCCCAGACCAGUACCCCUAUCGAAUGCAGGAUCCCCGGCAGAAGAACCCCAUGACCGCAGCCGUGUAGCUGAAUGCCACCAAGCUCAGCCCAGCCCAGAAAGGAAGACAUCCAACAUCACCUUUGUUCUUCCUACACCUUAAGGCCUUCUUCCUGUUAAGAAUUCUCCAUGGUACAGAUUAGGUUUUUCUCACUGAGGCUGCAACACUUGACUGCUAAUCAGAGAGAAAGAAGGGGACAGGAGUUUGGGCAGGGAAAUCAGAAGAAAGAGGAAGGAUGGGGCCAUAAAAAAAAUACUGCCUGAAAUA